AAUAGACUAAACCCGGAGCCCCAAACCAGUGCACUCCGUGAAGGCAAAGAGAACACGCUGCAAAGGGCUUUCCAAGAAUCCUCGACAUGGCAAGGAGGAGCUCGUUCCAGUCGUGUCAGAUAAUAUCCCUGUUCACUUUUGCCAUUGGAGUCAAUAUCUGCUUAGGAUUCACUGCACAUAGAAUUAAGAGAGCAGAAGGAUGGGAGGAAGGUCCUCCUACAGUGCUAUCGGAUUCCCCCUGGACUAACAUCUCCGGAUCUUGCAAGGGCAGGUGCUUUGAACUUCAAGAAGCUGGACCUCCUGAUUGUCGCUGUGACAACUUGUGUAAGAGCUACACCAGUUGCUGCCAUGACUUUGAUGAGCUCUGUUUGAAGACAGCCCGUGGCUGGGAGUGUACUAAGGACAGAUGUGGAGAAGUCAGAAAUGAAGAAAAUGCCUGUCACUGCUCGGAGGACUGCUUGGCCCGGGGGGACUGCUGUACCAAUUACCAAGUGGUUUGCAAAGGAGAGUCCCAUUGGGUUGAUGAUGACUGUGAGGAAAUAAAAGCUCCAGAAUGCCCGGCAGGGUUUGUUCGCCCUCCAUUAAUCAUCUUCUCUGUGGACGGCUUCCGUGCAUCAUACAUGAAGAAAGGCAGCAAAGUCAUGCCUAAUAUUGAAAAACUAAGGUCUUGUGGCACACAUUCGCCCUACAUGAGGCCGGUGUACCCAACGAAAACCUUUCCUAACUUAUACACUUUGGCCACUGGGCUGUAUCCAGAAUCACAUGGAAUUGUUGGCAAUUCAAUGUAUGAUCCUGUAUUUGAUGCCACUUUUCAUCUGCGAGGGCGAGAGAAAUUUAAUCAUAGAUGGUGGGGAGGUCAACCGCUAUGGAUUACAGCCACCAAGCAAGGGGUGAAAGCUGGAACAUUCUUUUGGUCUGUUGUCAUCCCUCACGAGCGGAGAAUAUUAACCAUAUUGCAGUGGCUCACCCUGCCAGACAGUGAGAGGCCUUCGGUCUAUGCCUUCUAUUCUGAACAACCUGAUUUCUCUGGACACAAAUAUGGCCCUUUUGGCCCUGAGAUGACAAAUCCUCUGAGGGAAAUUGACAAAAUUGUGGGGCAAUUAAUGGAUGGACUGAAACAACUAAAACUGCAUCGGUGUGUCAAUGUCAUCUUUGUAGGAGACCAUGGAAUGGAAGAUGUCACGUGUGAUAGAACUGAGUUCUUGAGUAAUUACUUAACUAAUGUGGAUGAUAUUACUUUAGUGCCUGGAACUCUAGGAAGAAUUCGAUCCAAAUUUAGCAAUAAUCCUAAAUAUGACCCCAAAGCCAUUAUUGCCAAUCUCACGUGUAAAAAACCGGAUCAGCACUUUAAGCCUUACUUGAAACAGCACCUUCCCAAACGUUUGCACUACGCCAACAACAGAAGAAUUGAGGAUAUUCAUUUAUUGGUGGAACGUAGAUGGCAUGUUGCAAGGAAACCUUUGGAUGUUUAUAAGAAACCAUCAGGAAAAUGCUUUUUCCAGGGAGACCACGGAUUUGAUAACAAGGUCAACAGUAUGCAGACUGUUUUUGUAGGUUAUGGCCCAACAUUUAAGUACAAGACUAAAGUACCUCCGUUUGAAAACAUUGAACUUUACAAUGUUAUGUGUGAUCUCCUGGGAUUGAAGCCAGCUCCUAAUAAUGGGACCCAUGGAAGUUUGAAUCAUCUCCUACGUACUAAUACCUUCAGGCCAACCAUGCCAGAGGAAGUUACCAGACCCAGUUAUCCAGGGAUUAUGUACCUUCAGUCUGAUUUUGACCUGGGCUGCACUUGUGAUGAUAAGGUAGAGCCAAAGAACAAGUUGGAUGAACUCAACAAACGACUUCAUACAAAAGGGUCUACAGAAGAGAGACACCUCCUCUACGGGCGGCCUGCAGUGCUUUAUCGGACUAGAUAUGAUAUCUUAUAUCACACUGACUUUGAAAGUGGUUAUAGUGAAAUAUUCCUAAUGCCACUCUGGACAUCAUAUACUGUUUCCAAACAGGCUGAGGUUUCCGGCAUUCCUGACCAUCUGACCAGUUGUGUCCGGCCUGAUGUCCGUAUUUCUCCAAGUUUCAGUCAGAACUGUUUGGCCUACAAAAAUGACAAGCAGAUGUCCUAUGGAUUCCUCUUUCCUCCUUAUCUGAGCUCUUCACCUGAGGCUAAAUAUGAUGCAUUCCUUGUAACCAAUAUGGUUCCAAUGUAUCCUGCUUUCAAACGGGUCUGGAAUUAUUUCCAAAGGGUAUUGGUGAAGAAAUAUGCUUCCGAAAGAAAUGGAGUUAACAUGAUAAGUGGGCCAAUCUUUGACUAUGACUAUGAUGGCUUACAUGACACAGAGGACAAAAUAAAACAGUACGUGGAAGGCAGUUCCAUUCCUGUUCCAACUCACUACUACAGCAUCAUCACCAGCUGUCUGGAUUUCACUCAGCCUGCUGACAAGUGUGACGGCCCUCUCUCUGUGUCCUCCUUCAUCCUGCCCCACCGGCCUGACAACGAGGAGAGCUGCAAUAGCUCAGAGGAUGAGUCGAAAUGGGUAGAAGAACUCAUGAAGAUGCACACAGCUCGGGUGCGGGACAUUGAACAUCUCACCAGCCUGGACUUCUUCCGAAAGACCAGCCGCAGCUACCCAGAAAUCCUGACACUCAAGACAUACCUGCAUACAUAUGAGAGUGAGAUUUAACUUUCUGAGCAUCUGCAGUACAGUCUUAUCAACUGGUUGUAUAUUUUUAUAUUGUUUUUGUAUUUAUUAAUUUGAAACCAGAACAUUAAAAAUGUUAGUAUUUUAAUCCUGUACCAAAUCUGACAUAUUAUGCCUGAAUGACUCCACUGUUUUUCUCUAAUGCUUGAUUUAGGUAGCCUUGUGUUCUGAGUAGAGCUUGUAAUAAAUACUGCAGCUUGAGUUUUUAGUGGAAGCUUCUAAAGGGUGCUGCAGAUUUGAUAUUUGCAUUGAGGAAAUAUUAAUUUUCCAAUGCACAGUUGCCACAUUUAGUCCUGUACUGUAUGGAAACACUGAUUUUGUAAAGUUGCCUUCAUUUGCUGUUAACUGUUAACUGUGACAGAUAUAUUUAAGCCUUAUAAACCAAUCUUAAACAUAAUAAAUCACACAUUCAGUU